AUGGUGCUAUCCUUUGAUAUGUUGCAGACUCUGCCCAAGAUCUUGGAUAAAGUGGCUCCUGCUUUUCUCAUGAGUAGCUGCAGCUUCAUGCUGGAGAAGUCGCGUGACUCCACAGCCCGAGUGGUGGUUUGGCGGGAAAUUGGAGUGCUGAGGAGCUACACCAUGGAAAGCACCUAUUCUGGAUGUAGCCAUGGACUCUAUAAGGUGAUCGAAGCUGAGCAACGUACAUCCAAAACGUGGGAAUUGACACCUGAGGGCCAAGAGAUUAUUCACGAAGGGAGCCAUGAGGUCCGAGUAUUUAAUAGCAUCCCCCCUGAGGGUCUGCUUCAGAGUGAACUCAUGAAGAUGCCAAGUGGAAAGGUGGGAUUCAGCAAAGCAAUGUCCAACAAAUGGAUACGGCUAGACAAGAGCUCAGAAAGUGGGCCUCGGAUAUUCCAGGCAAUGGAAUCUGUUCAGGACACUGUAAGGGAAAAGCUGCUUCAAGUUCAGAAGGGAGAAACUAAUUGUUUAGAAGAGAAAGAUAAAAAUGAACUGAAGAAACGAAAGCUCCUAGCAGAAGUGACCAUAAAGACAUAUUGGGUUAAAAAAGGAAGAGCUUUUAGCACAACUAUUGCUAAACAAGAGACAGAUCUUACACCAGAGAUGAUUGCCAGUGGUUCUUGGAGAGAUUUGAAAUUCAAGUCUUAUAAUUUUGAGGCACUGGGCAUUAUGCCUGAGAGCGGCCAUCUCCACCCAUUGCUGAAGGUCCGCACUCAGUUCCGGCAGAUCUUCCUUGAAAUGGGUUUCACAGAAAUGCCCACCAAUAAUUACAUUGAGAGCUCCUUCUGGAAUUUUGAUGCCCUCUUUCAACCACAGCAGCAUCCGGCCCGAGACCAGCAUGACACUUUCUUCAUGAAGG